GCCGCGCUCGCCUCUGCAGGCCCGCUGCUCGCCCGCCCUCCAGCCCUCGCCAUGGCCCCCGCCGAGAUCCUCAGCGGCAAGAUUGUCUCCGGACAAGUGAGAGACAGACUAAAGCAGCAAGUUGUUGAGAUGACUGAGAAAUUUCCAGGCUUCAGACCAGGACUUGCCAUUUUGCAGGUUGGAAAUCGGGAUGAUUCAAACCUCUACAUUAACAUGAAGCUGAAGGCUGCUGCUGAGAUUGGGAUCAGUGCCAACCACAUAAAAUUGCCAAACACAGCAACAGAAGCUGAUGUGCUCAAGUGCAUUGCCUCUCUGAAUGCAGACCCAGCUGUUCAUGGAUUUAUAGUGCAGCUGCCGCUCGACUCCAAUAAACCCAUCAACACAGAAAAAAUAACCAAUGCUGUUGCACCUGAGAAGGAUGUGGAUGGCUUAAGUAGCAUCAAUGCUGGGAAACUCUCUAGAGGAGACCUUGGAGACUGCUUUAUUCCGUGUACGCCAAAGGGAUGCAUGGAACUCAUCAGGCAGACAGGUGUCCAGGUGGCAGGGAAAAGAGCCGUGGUGAUCGGUCGCAGUAAGAUCGUGGGUGCUCCCAUGCACGACCUGCUGCUCUGGAAUAAUGCAACAGUCACCACGUGCCAUUCCAAGACCUCCACCCUGGCUGAGGAGGUUGGCAAAGCUGACAUCCUGGUGGUUGCAGCUGGUAGAGCUGAAAUGGUAAAAGGUGAAUGGAUCAAGCCUGGUGCAAUCGUAAUAGACUGUGGAAUUAACCAUGUUCCAGACAGCACAAAGCCCAGUGGAAAAAGAGUUGUGGGAGAUGUGGCAUACAGUUCAGCAAAGGAAAAAGCUUCCUUCAUCACCCCAGUUCCUGGUGGUGUUGGGCCUAUGACUGUGGCCAUGUUAAUGCAGAGCACUGUGGAGAGUGCCCAGCGUUUUCUGGAGAAGUUCCAGCCUGGAAAAUGGACUAUCCAAUACAACCAGCUUACCCUACAGAUGCCUGUUCCAAGUGAUAUUGAAAUCUCAAAGUCUUGCAUGCCCAAGCCCAUUGAACAAGUUGCAAAAGAAGUUGGCCUUUUCCCUGAUGAGGUGGAGCUCUAUGGCCAAACUAAAGCCAAGGUUCAGCUCUCAGCUCUGAAGCGUCUGCAGAACCAGCCAGAUGGCAAAUACGUCGUUGUUACUGGAAUAACUCCCACUCCCCUGGGAGAAGGGAAGAGCACCACCACUGUUGGUCUGGUCCAAGCCUUAGGAGCACACCUUCACCAGAAUGUCUUUGCCUGUGUUCGGCAGCCUUCUCAGGGGCCAACUUUUGGCAUAAAAGGUGGAGCUGCAGGUGGUGGCUAUUGUCAAGUUGUCCCCAUGGAAGAGUUUAACCUUCACCUCACUGGUGACAUCCAUGCCAUCACUGCAGCCAACAACCUGGUCGCUGCUGCUAUUGACGCCCGUAUGUUCCACGAGCUGACUCAGUCUGACCAGGCUCUCUACAACCGUUUGGUGCCAUCUGUCAAUGGUGUCAGGAAGUUCUCAGACAUUCAGAUCCGAAGACUACAGAAACUGGGCAUUAACAAAACAGAUCCUAUGGCUUUGACAAAGGAAGAAAUAAAUGCAUUUGUGAGACUGGACAUUGACCCAGGCACCAUUACGUGGCAAAGAGUACUGGAUACAAAUGACAGAUUCCUUAGGAAAAUCACUAUUGGACAGUCGGUGACAGAGAAAGGCUUCUCACGGACGGCUCAGUUUGACAUCACGGUGAGCAGUGAAAUCAUGGCAGUCCUAGCCCUGGCUGAUGGCUUGGAUGAUAUGAAAAAGCGAUUUGGCAGAAUGGUGGUAGCUUCCAGCAAAAAAGGACAACCAGUUACAGCAGAUGACCUUGGAGUAACUGGAGCUCUGGCCGUCUUGAUGAAGGAUGCUGUAAAACCAAACCUCAUGCAGACAUUGGAGGGAACACCAGUGUUUGUUCAUGCUGGACCUUUUGCCAAUAUUGCACAUGGGAAUUCCUCUGUGUUGGCAGACAAAAUAGCAUUGAAGCUUGUGGGUAAAGAUGGUUUUGUUGUUACAGAAGCAGGAUUUGGUGCAGACAUAGGCAUGGAGAAAUUCUUCAACAUUAAGUGCCGUUAUUCUGGUCUCCGGCCUCAUGUGGUGGUGUUGGUUGCUACUGUCAGAGCUCUGAAAAUGCAUGGUGGAGGACCUGCAGUCACUGCUGGGGUACCUUUGCCAAAGGAAUACACAGAAGAGAAUCUUCAGCUGGUGGCGAAAGGCUGCAGCAACCUAAACAAGCAAAUCCAGAAUGCACGGAUGUUUGGUGUCCCCGUGGUCGUGGCUGUCAAUGCUUUCAAGACAGAUACAAAGGCUGAGCUGGCCCUUGUAGUACAGCAUGCAAAGGAGGCAGGAGCAUUCGAUGCUGUGGAGUGCACUCACUGGGCAGAGGGAGGAAAAGGAGCUCUGGCCCUGGCCCGAGCUGUUCAGAGAGCAUCCCAGGCCCCUAGCAACUUCAGGUUCCUCUAUAAUGUGGAGCUGCCUGUUGUAGAUAAGAUCAGGCUUAUUGCCCAGCAGGUCUAUGGGGCAAAAGACAUUGAGCUACUUCCAGAAGCACAGGAGAAAGUUGCCCUGUACACCAAGCAGGGAUUUGGAAACCUGCCAAUCUGCAUGGCUAAAACUCACUUGUCAUUGUCUCAUGACCCUGAACAAAAAGGAGCACCUACAGGUUUCAUUCUGCCAAUCCGAGACAUUCGGGCCAGCGUUGGGGCUGGAUUCUUGUAUCCGCUGGUGGGGACGAUGAGCACUAUGCCAGGACUUCCUACAAGACCCUGCUUCUAUGAUAUAGACCUGGACUCAGUGUCAGGAGAAGUAAAUGGGCUCUUCUAAAAGGAAAGGUUGCUCCCAGAAGAACACCUGAUGAGUCAUGUAAAUGGAACUGUGCUCUGAUCUUUUUUUUUAAGUCAGAACAAGAUAUCAGUGAGAAUA